AUGGAUAUGGACCAUCUCUUGCAGCGAACAAUGUUUGUCCCAACCGAUUCAGAUUUUACGGCAAAUCGAAUUUUACAACGAGUACCUAUGAAUCUUAUGAAUGGAUCUUCACCUGUGCUCACAGCAAGUAAUCCCACAGAAGAUUUACCUGGUUCUUCUUCGUCAUCUACUUCAGUCUUCACAGCUACAACAUUGACAGCUCGAAAUAGUUCCAAAACUUUGAAAUGUCCAAAGUGUAACUGGCAUUAUAAGUACCAAGAAACAUUAGAAAUACACAUGAAAGAAAAACAUGCGGGUCAUGAGGUUAGGUGUAUCUUUUGCUUGCAUAAUCGUCCGCACCCACGAUUAGCACGUGGUGAAAGUUAUUCAUGUGGAUAUAAACCUUAUCGUUGUGAGAUAUGCAAAUACAGUACGACAACAAAGGGUAAUUUAAGUAUUCACAUGCAAAGUGACAAGCAUUUGCAUGCAGUCCAAGAAAUGCCACCUUCCGUUACAAGUGAUACAGUGAUAGCUUCAAAUGAUGACUUGAAUACUGAAAAUUUGCUUCAAUGUAUGAUCUGUUCCACCUAUUCAACAGAUAGCAUUUCUAAAAUGAUCGAGCAUAUUGAAAAGGAUCGAAAUCAUCCAUUUAUGGGUGAUAUCUCAGUGAUUCGUGGUGUAUAUCAAUGCAAUCUUUGCCCAUACAGUACAAGUUUGAAGGCAAAUUUUCAGUUGCAUACAAGAACUGAUAAACACGUACAACGUACUCAAAUGGUUAGUUCUCAAUUUUUUCGAAUUUAA